GAAGCAGAAAAAUUAAUUAAUUUGUUGAGAGAGUGGCAAAUUCCCGUAGAAAUUAUUGAAAAAUUUACAGGUAAAAAAUAUUAUGGUUCUUAGGAUGUCGUUAUUUUUAGUCUUAUAGGUUAACCAAUAAUUGAUAAUACGAAUAAUUGAAUGAGUGUUAAUGUAGCAGACAUCAGACAAAUGUAAAAUAAUUAAUGAAUCGGAUAACAUAAUUAUUAAUCAACUUUAUAAAUGUACAUUCAAAGAAGGCAUUAUUUGUAUGUGAAUUAAUUAAUUUGUUUGUAAUUUUAUUACACAAUGGAAUGACCAUUGAGUUAUUAUCAGAUUUGACAGAAAACGAGUUAAAAGAAAUGUGUCCGCAAAUCUCCACAAGAAUUAAAGUUCGACAAAAAAUUGAGGCUAUGCGUGCAGAAAAUCGUGAUGCACCCGCUGAUAUAAAUAGUAAUGGCAAUGUCCCUGAUCUAAAUUUAGAAGAGUCAGAUCAUGAGUUAAAUGACUUGCUGUUGUUUAAUAAUUUUGUGGAUUUGAAUUUAAAAGACUUACUAGACAAGGCACCCGAGGGUAAUGAAAUUUAUACAGACUUAAAUGCCACAGGAAAAUUAUCAUCUAAGUCGCAACAAUGUUUAGUUGAUGUCAUUGGGCGACAUUUAUAUCCGUGGCUAAAAGUCAAAACAAAUUUCAUGAAGCGGGAACGUUAUUAUAUCAUUUUAAGAAAUAUCAAAGAAGAAUUUCCAAAUGAAUUAAGUGGUGUUUAUUAUACACCACCAGUAAGUAAUAAAAUUUCACCAACUCAUAAAUCUAUCGGACCACGAGGAAAAUUACCUGAUAAAGUCAGGAAUCUUUUGCAUCAAUCAGAAAUUCGCAAAAAAAGAAAAAAUGAUGAAGCACUUGAGCAGCAACAACAAGAUAAGAUACUCGAAGAUUUACAAGCUCUACAUAACAAUAGUAUAAACUGGCUUAAAAACAAUCGAAAUCCAUGGGAAUCAGUUGUUGCUAAAUGGACCGAAACUUUUGAAGUCCGUAAAAAUUCUAAAUACCAAACAUUACGUGAAUUUAUAGAUGACUGGAGUAUCAUGAAUGAUUUACGCAGCAAACAUUUGGUUUCUGUAGAUUUUGAACUUUUGUAUCCAGGAAAGGGAUUUAAUUUAUCAUUGAAUUGGCCUACAUUUUUUGACCGAGUACGAGUUUUUCACAGUAAAAAAUAUUUAAAUGACAAAGCAUUGAAAACUUGGAAAGACCAAUUAAAUAAACUGGAAAACAGCGAAAACGUUACUGCAGAUAUGAAAUUUCCACUUCAGAUGAAUAUUUUGGCGUAUUUAAUACCACCCAAGGGACGAAGGUCGAGAAAAUUCAAAUACUCGAUCCAAGAAUCGUUAGAUAAUAUUUUUAUAAUCGUAGAGAAUCCAGGAGACAUCGAGAAAAGAAUGCAGGAUCAAAUAAACUGCGCGUAUGCAAAAGAAGAUAGAGUACAGCCAUACAUCAUAAUUCAAGGUAGUUUCACAGAGCACAAUCAAAUAUUACUUGUUAUGGAUGAUAUCAAGUAUCAGUUUUCGUCGGCUAUGAAGGCAUUUGAUUGUUUAUUUAAAAUUUACCACACGCUCAAUGCGUGCUAUCCAAAAGGUGCAUUACAUUUGCAUUUAUUGAUACAGAGAUGUGUUUAUAAAAUUAAAAACAAUGAAAUUUUGCCACUGAACAUAUUAGAUACCGUAACAACCCUUGAGAUAAUUUAAACAAAACAUUUUUAAAAGUAACUCUCAUAUAUAUUUACAUUUAUAUUUUUCAUUAUUUUAUUUAUAUUUAUUAUUUAUUUCAUUUAUUAUUGUUAUGAAAAUGAUCAUUAUAUUUAUAUUAAUUAUUGGACACAUUAUUAUAUAAAAAAAAAAUUAUUAUACUCAUAUUUACUGUUACAUGAACGAAUAUUUUAAAAUUAUUAGAAAAUUUUUAUGCUCAAAAUAGUACUUAAUAUUUAGUAGGGUGCAUAAGAGAGAUCCGAACGAAAAUGUAGCCAACGCAACGAAUGCAAGAAAAUUUAAAAGCAAAAUCGGUCAAUAUCAAAAUAUAUACAUUCCACAGCUUAUAUAUUACACUAAAUGAAGUUCAAAUAAAAAUAAAAACUCUAAAUUGAUAUGACACUCACACUUCAAUCGUAAAAUGUGAUAAUUGAUCAAAAAUCCAGUUACCAACAUGAAAAAAACAAAUAGUAUGAAUAACAAACUCUUUAAAAGUAUCUAAGCUAAAUUUUUUAAAAAAGAGACAAUUCACAUCACGUCGAACAAAAAUUCAACCGUCGGUAAAGUAAAUCUUGGUAGGUAACUGACAAACUAAGUCAUCAAGUCUUAAGCUAUAAUGGAAUUUAAAAAAUUUUUUUAUAUUUUUAAAUUAUUGUAAAAUGCUUAAAUGAUAUAAAGUAAUUAAUAAUAAAUUAGUCUAAA